AUGUUCAAUAAUUUAUUUGUUUUAUUUAUUCUCCUAUUCUUUUCGUUUAUCGCUUGUGAUCCUAUUGAGUUAUCCAAUGUAAGUAUACGUGAACACACACCAGUUGGUCAGUUGUUGGUUCGAUUGAACGGCACAAGUACACAACGAAAUGCGUUUCGAUUUGUUAGUAACAAUUAUCGAGAUAUUCAACGAUAUUUUUCCUUAAAUGCUUCAACGGGUGAACUACGCAUUGCGAUGGACAUCGAUCGAGAGAUCAUCUGUGCACAUCGUCGUGUUCAUUGUCAAUUUUUAUUAAAAGUUUUCGAAAUAUUCCAUGAGAAACUUUAUCACAUACCUGUUAUCAUCGAAGAUAUCAAUGAUCAUCGACCGAUAUUUCCAUAUCAAUCAUCGCCAGUGGAACUGCACAUAUCAGAAAACUCGCCGGCGCAUCAAUCGAAACUUUUCAUUCAACAAGCCUACGAUCAAGAUCAAAUGGAUAAUCAAAAACAAUUAAAAUAUCAAUUGAAAAAUUUUGACAGCAACUUUCCAUUCACUCUCGAAGUUAACGACGAUAUUUCUAAUCGUUUAGCUCUUGUAUUAGUUCAACCAUUAGAUAGAGAAUCAAUUGAUUCAUACAAUUGUACGUUGUAUGUUGUUGACACAGGUGGACACGAAGAACAAUUACAAAUGAAGAUUAUCAUCGAUGAUGUCAAUGAUCAAUCGCCAAUUUUCGACAGCAGCACAUACUCAGUGGAGUUAUCGGAAAGUACGCCGAUCAAUACGACUAUUCUUCGUGUUCAUGCCACCGAUGCAGAUAUUGGUUUGAAUGCACGCAUUACGUAUGACUUUACUGAUGCGUCGAAACAGUUCAGUAGUAUGUUUUACAUUCACAAUGAAACCGGUAUUCUUCGACUUCGUUCAUCCCUCGACUAUGAACAACGCUCGUCAUAUAUUUUCUAUAUCGAAGCUCGAGAUUCCGGCAAAGAGAUUCGUUCAUCUCAAACGCUGAUUAAUAUCACCAUUCUUGAUGAAAAUGAUUGUUAUCCUGUCAUUUCAUUUCGUUUUCUUCCGGAUCUUUACUACAAUUCAUCAGCCGAUGUUCUCGAAAUCUCCGAAACGUAUCCAAUCGAUAAGUUUUUCGUUCAAAUCCUCGUUACCGAUCUAGACAGUUCUCUGAACGGACACGUGCGUCUUUGGUUUGAUGUACUCGACGCUCAUCCUUCAUUGACCAAUCAUUCGUUCGAUUUCUAUCAGAUUGAUAAUUUUACCUAUUUUCUCAACCGUACUCAACCCUUCGAUUUCGAAACUCAACAGCAAUAUCGUUUGAAGUUUCUUGCCGAAGAUCUCAGUCCAAAAAAGCCAUUGCGAACCACGAAAUUCCUAACUAUCAAUGUUCGCGAUGAAAACGAUAAUCCUCCUCAAUUCCUGCAUUCAUUCUAUCAUUUGUCUAUUCAUGAAAAUAAUGAAUUGAACGCCAUUCUAACCAAGAUCGAAGCGUUCGAUUCGGAUAAUGGUGACAAUGGACGAAUUCAGUACGAUAUUCUCAGCAAUGAAACAUUUUUACCAUUUGAUAUCGAUCCGAAAACAGGCAUUCUGCGUUGUUUGGAAUCGUUCGAUCGAGAGAAACGUUUAUCAUAUCAUUUCGAAAUCCUUGCUCGAGACUUCGGUUCGCCCAAAAGUCUUUCUUCGAAAAUUCCCGUCGAAAUCGAAAUCAAAGAUUUGAAUGAUAACAAGCCACGAUUCGAGCAAGAAAAUUACGAGUUUUCCAUUCGGGAAGACUUUGAACGAAUGAAAACCAUCGCUCGUAUCCAAGCAUACGACCACGAUUUCAAUCCACACUUAAUCUAUCGAAUCGAAAGCGAUGUGAACAAAUUCGGCAUUCAUCAAAAUGGAGAACUUUACCUUCAAGAAACACUCGAUCGAGAAAUUCAAGAUCAAUAUCACUUUAUCGUCACAGUCGACGAUACUCUAUACAGAACAUCGGUCUCCGUUCAUAUUCAAAUCUUAGAUGUCAACGAUUGUCAACCACGCUGGUUAAGUCCAUCAGAAAAUCGAACAGUUCUUAUUGUAAAUAAAGAUGUAUUAACCAUCGGAAUGAGUAUGAUGAAAUUGCAAGCAGUUGAUAAUGAUGACAUCGCUAAUGGCAAUGGUUUAAUAACUUACUCUUUAGAAGAUACUCAUGAGUUCUUUGAUAUCUUCAACAACGACGAAUUGGUUUUCAAUUCUACUCCCACCAUCGGACGAUAUUUAUUGAAAGUCUAUGCGAAUGAUCACGGAAAAGAAGUGCAACAUUCUUCACUGAUUGAAAUCGAUUUAUUUAUUGGAAAUAAUCAUACCAAUGGAAGUGUUUUCUACGAUAAAUUUUACAAAAUCAAUUCGUUGUCAACGAUGAAACGCGUGAUUUUGCUGGCCACAUUCUUUCUUUCGGUUACGUUCAUUCUCGUUUUCAUCAUUUCAAUUAUAUUCAUUAUGAUUUGUCGAUAUCGAAAACAUAAAUAUCUCUAUUAUGUGAAAUGCAAUGGACAACAAAAGAUGACAAUGAUCGAAAAUCGUCUGACGCGAUCAAGUUCGAAUUCGUCAAAAUUGAGUUUGGAAGAUCUUCAACAGAAACGCUUUCUCGACCAUUCGUCGUCACCUUCGUAUAUCGGUACGAAUAUCUACACUCAACAUCAUCAAAUCCCAUCAAUCAUCCAGCCUACAAGUGAUUAUUAUAGUAAUAGUAGCAAGCAUGAAGAAGAUGUCGACGAAUGGACGGAUGAACAACGUCAAUCGAGUUUGACGAAUCCGAACACUGAAUGGUCAAUUGAAAAGAUUCUCUAUCCUGACUGGUUGUACAAAGAUGUGAUCGUUACAUCAAUGAAGCCUUUGAACACUUCGACAUUUACGGAGUUGAAUUCCUGUCAGACGUUCACAACAAAUGAAAGUGCAAUGAGUAGUGCAAGUAGCGGCAGACGAACGAUGUCAUCGAACAGUCAACCAUCGCCUAAACAAGUUCGAUUCGGUUAUCAAGAUCAUAUCCGUUCACAGCCGCAUUUGAAUACAACGAUACGACAAUUCAAAUCAGGAAUAAUGACGACACUCUCAGCUGAUGAAUCACCACAUACAUUCAUUUGA